AUGGCCUAUCUGCUAGUGUUCUCGAUCUGUUUGGCAUUGCUAUUGGCCUCCAUAUCACUCUAUCGGUACGGCUGCAUUCAACGGCAGCAUCCAAUAGUGACUUUUUCCGUACUGACGGCGUGGAGUUUCUCGUUCCUUAUCGUAUUCACGAUUCCACUGGAUGUCACAUCGACCGUGUACCGUCAAUGCCUGCAGGAGCACAACAUCACCAGUAAUGGCUCGAACAAUGACGGACCCGACGCAAUCUGUCAGCGACCGUGGGGUAUGGUGGAGGAGGAAGUGUUCCCCAACUUGUGGCGCAUUAUCUACUGGUCAUCGCAGUUCCUUACGUGGUUGAUUAUGCCGCUGAUGCAGUCCUACCUGAAGGCAGGCGACUUUACGAUCAAGGGUAAAUUACGAUCUGCACUGGUAGAUAACGCCAUUUACUACGGCACGUAUCUGUUUAUCUGUGGAAUACUGCUGAUUUAUCUCGCACUACAACCGGGCAUUUCGCUCGACUGGCAGAAGCUAAAAGCGAUCGCAUCUUCCGCCUCGAACACAUGGGGCUUGUUUUUGCUCGUGCUGUUGCUAGGUUACGCACUGGUCGAAGUGCCCCGCAGUCUCUGGAACAACUCGAAACCGGGCUUUACAUUGCAAUAUGCCUACUUUAAGCUAUCCAAGCUUAGCUCAGAAAAGGCGGAAGCCGAAGAGAACGUGGAUGAUGUGCUGGAAAGCUUACAGUCCGCCAGCCGAGCGAUUCCACCCCGACACGAGUUGCGCCCAGCACUGGAAACCAUCAUACGCAAGGUGCCUACCGAGCUGAUGGAGCGGGCUAGUCGCAUCAGCCGAGAAGAUGGUUCCCCGAUGGCGAUACCGUCGGAGAAGGCACUGGUACGACUGCAUCGGCAGGUGAUCAAAUCCCUGCAAACCCUACAACGCACCGAAGCCCUGUGGAGCGUUCAGGUUAACAGAGUGCUACACCUGGAGGAUGUGGCCAAGAAUGCCGUAUCACUAGAUCAUCGCUUUAAGAGCGAAUUUCCUAAGCAUCGGGUUGGAUUUGCGCGGGCCAUGUACAGCCCAACGAUAGAUUGGUACUGGGAGUGUGUGGUUAAAGCACCGUUCCUGAAAGCGUUAGCCGUAAUUACGGCAUUCCUUUCGUUCAUGGUUGUUUGGAGCGAGCUGACGUUCUUCAACCGCCAACCGGUGCUCUCGAUCUUUGCCAACGUGCUAAACGUGGCGAAAGGGAGCUACGAUUUCGUCACGAUCGAGAUCUUCUCCAUGCUGACGUUAUGCUAUCUAUGCUAUUGCGCAUAUUCGACCGUGUUUCGCAUUAAAUUCCUGAAUCUUUACUAUCUGGCCGCGCACCAUCAAACGAACGAGUACAGUCUGAUCUUUAGCGGCAUGUUGUUGUGUCGAUUGACGCCACCGAUGUGUCUCAACUUCCUCGGCAUGAUACACAUGGACUCGCACAUCAUCAAGGAGCGGGUGCUCGAGACCCACUACACACAGAUCAUGGGUCACAUGGAUGUGUUGGGGAUCAUUUCGGAUGGCUUCAAUAUCUACUUCCCGAUGGUGAUGUUGGCGUUCUGUCUCGCUACCUGGUUCUCGCUCGGAAGCCGUGCACUGAACGCACUCGGAUUUCAGCAGUUUAUGCUAAAUGAAACCAUCGCCGUCGAACUGGUUCAGGAGGGAAAGGAUUUGAUUGUGCGUGAAAAACGUAAACGGCAGAGGGCGGAAGAUGCGAUGGCCCGAAGGCGAGAUAACAUUUUGGGUCAAAUCGCUAGAGAUGGUGCGGUGGGCGGAGUGGGACAUAGCGGCCCGGGCACAGGAAAUGGUGGCGGUUCGAAUGGAAAUGGUUCUGGUGGAGGUGGUAUACUGUCGAAGUACAAAUCCCGGCAUCUUGAUACCGUUGGACCGAAUGACGAUCUGGUCGGCCAUGGAGAUCGUUUGGACUACAGUACAACCGGAAGCGGCGUUAGAGGGUUGGACGAUAUUAACCUCUCCUUGUCGCAGGAAAUUAACGAACGAUUCGGUGUGAGUACGGGCGUUUCCGUAGGGUUUAAGGGAUACGGUACCACGUACGAAGACGACGAUAGCCGCAUGGGAAGCGUUGGCCGUUCUGGACCCAAACCGAAAGGACUGUUCGAUGAUGUUUAA